GAAAAGAUACCAGCAUCACCAGCCCAGUGUGACAUGAGCUCGAGUGAUAACUAUUGAUUAAUAUUUCAAUUUGCAAUUCAAGAUGGCCAAACGCAAGAGAGGCAACAAGACUGGUGCUGGCGACCAACCUACUAAACGGUCGAAAAGCGACGCCGCUCCUACCGUCCCGAAAUUGGAUCUCGCCGCCCUCGACAAAUCGCCGUUCCCCGAGAAGCCCACAACCGAAAGCCGCAAGCGUGAAGCUCAGAUCUACGAGCUUUUAGGAAGUGCCGACAGUCAAGAACGAAUUGCGGCGGCCGAUGCCCUCAUAACCGGUCUUCUGGACAGCGAAGAGGUCGUUCUCGGACGUCAUCUCGAGAAGCGCCUCUUCCGGGGUCUCGCAAGCUCUCGCAAUGCCUCCAGACUCGGCUUCAGCCUCGUGCUGACAGAAAUCUUGGGCCAGCUGUUCGGCCCACCGAAGAACCUCGCCAACUCCAAAUACUCGGGCCUGGAUUUUGACAAGGUGCUGGGCAUGUUGACCGAGAACACCCAGGCGGGUUUCAACAUCCCGGGACAGGAAGAGCGAGACUUCUGCUUCGGGCAACUCUUUGGCCUGCAGUGCUUCGUCGAGUCCAGGAUCCUGUUUGGGGACCAGGAUAGCACCAGAUGGCCUGCUGUUCUAGAUAUGCUCUUGCAGCUUGCCAAUAAGAAAGUCUGGAUGCGGUCGCAAUGCGCUUGGGUCAUCGUGGAGUCGCUGCCGCACAUGGGACAAGAGAGGGCUGCGGAAACGGUGAAGAAGCUGGUUGAUAUCGGACUGGGCAAGACCGCCGAGGGUGCUGGUAUCUGGAUCAAGGCUGCCAGCUGCUACCCACAAAUGAAGUUGCCUACCAAGCCCUGGAGCAAUCCCCUGGCUCCCAAGGCGCUUCCCGAUCUGGUCAACGUGCUCAAGGAGAGCGUCAAGCAGGACGAUGGAAAGGAUGCUCCCGUGGUCAAGGGUCAGAGUAGCUGGAAUCCCCAGCUGCAUUUCGUUUGGGAUCUGAUUCUGGCCCACUUCAUUGAGCAGAACAAGCCCGCUUCGUUCAAGCUAUUCUGGAACGCUGUAGUUGAUGAUGGCCUCUUUUCCAAGAACGCCAGCGAAGCCCAAAAGUUCCGAGGCUUCAUGAUCUUCCAGAAGUUCCUCCAAGGCUUUGCGACUGCCAAGAUCGUCCUAGCCAAAGAUUUCUUCUCGCGGAACUUGUCAAAGUGUUUGGUGAACCAAGCUAAGACGGAGGACCGCUACCUUCACCGUGCGGCUCUCAAAUCCCUGAAGACGAUCGAGACGACGGUGGAAACAGAGCCUACGCUUUUGAUACCCGUUUUGAGGGAGCUGCUUGCCCUGGCUUACGACUUUGACCAUUUGACGAAUACCAAGACGGUCGAGAAACUGUUGCAGUUCGUCACUCCGGACAACGUGAAAACAAUACUCAACAUGCUCCGUGAGCCUGUUUCAAAGAUGACGGAUGCCUCCAUUGUCGAGCACCGUCGGUUUGUGUAUACCGAAUAUGUCCUGAAAAUGGGUAUGCAGGCUAAGCUGGACGACUCCAACGAAAGCAGCGUGCUAGAACUUGCUAUCAGCGAGUUGGCGACCCGUGCAUAUUCGAAGUCAGACGAAUUCAUUCCAGAUCUUUCUGACAAGACGAGGGAAAUAUUCCGUGCCAAGCUCAGCUCAGCCUUCGCCAGGAUAGCGAAACGGCGAGAGGAGUACCGGUAUCUUUGUGAUGCUGUGCUUGCUCUUGAUCCCACGGCUGUCCAGAUGAGCGAGGAAAUCGAAGCAGAGCGCAAAGCGGCUCUGAAAGCACUGAAAAAGCUCUUGAAGUCGGCUAAGAAAUCCGGGGGUGGAGAGGCUGAUUCGUCUCUAGGCUUGUCUUUGCUCUAUGCGAUCAGCAUAUUGCAAUUGUACGACGGAGAUCCAGAUGCCAUUAGCACCCUACAGGAUCUGAAGCAGUGUUCAGAAAAACUUCAAGAAGCUGACGCUGAAGCGUCGGCUUUCUUGGUGGAGAUCUUGCUCUCUCUUGUUUCUCGACCCUCAGGUUUGAUGCGGCAAGUAACCCAACAAGUAUUUGAGACCUUCACGGGCCAGCUAUCAGCGGAUGCUCUUGAGCGACUCACGGACCCCUUGGUAGCAGAAGAAAACAUCAAAGGCCAGCAGGCCCUUUUCGAUGCGGAAGAUGAAGACAUGGAAGAUGUUGUGGGCUCAGAUGAGAGCGAAAACGACGAAGAAGAGGACGAAGUGUCAGAAAUCGGCUCGGAUGUCGAAUUCGUCACGUUGAAUGGUGCUGAGCCGAUGGAAGAGGACGAUGAUAGUAAUGAUGAAGCGGAGGACAAUGACGCCGAAGCACAAGAGCUUGCCGAUCUCGACGAUGCACUCGCCAAGGUAUUAAACAGCCACCGCCUCGACCAGGACAAUGCCGCCGAAUCAUCCGACGAAUCUGACAUGUCGGAUUCGGAUAUGAUGGCGCUGGACGAGAAACUGGUCGAAGUGUUCAAGCAAAGAGCCAAGGGCUCCAGCAAAAAGAAGGAGAAGAAGGACGCAAAGGGCACCGUGAUCAACUUCAAGCACCGCAUACUCGACUUUCUGGAUAUAUACGUUAAAAAAGAAGCAUUGAACCCAUUGGCCUUCAACCUCCUCCUCCCCCUCCUCCAGCUCAUCCGCACGACCCAGACCAAGCCCUUAGCCAACAAGGCAACGGAGAUCAUCUCUAACUUCUCCAAAGCCUUCAAGAAGGCGCGAAGCAACAUGGAGGAAUCCGCCGUCAGCAUCGAGACUCAGUUGGGGCUGCUGCAGCAGAUACACGACGAGGCAUCCAAAGACGCGGCACAUGCGUUUGCCCGAGCGGCGUCGGCGGCUAGCUUGUUGGUUGCGUCGAGUCUGUAUGCGGCGGAUAAGGAAAGUGUGGAUGAUGUGGCGCAGUUGUAUGCUGAGUUGCAGGCGAAGUGGACUAAGGGAUUGUUGCCGGCUAAGAUGCAGGCUUCGUUCUUUUUUGACUGGGUUAAUUGGAGUGUUAGUCAUGCCUCGAAUGCGUAUGGGCCCGUGUGAGGGGUGGUGGUAUGUAAAUAGGAUGACGAGAUUAUACCAAGAGUGAUUUGACAACACGAACAGUAGUUUUGACUGGCGCGAUGUCUUCUCCCGGCCGGUUGAGUUGGACAGGUAUCUCUUGUUGUGUUGUUGCAGGUACGAUCGCAGAACGGGCAGGAGCUGCAUAGGGUUCAGUUGCAUCCUCUAAAAUGACUUCGUGAUGCCAGAUUUUUCC